CCAUAGGAGCAACGCCCCCUGUUCGCCUGCAGUCUUGACACGAGCAGCGAAAGCAGCGCUGUAAACAAGGUAAAAACGCUGAGACAACCAGCAAGAUGGAAACCAAGUUAACAUCAGAGCCUGUACCCAAUGGUGUGACAAAAGGAGGGGCAAGGAUUGUCGUGGAUGACGAUGAAGAUGUCCUUAGUCCAACCGACCUGUCCGAGCUGUUAGCUGAGGGGACCAAGGAGUCCCACGAGAAAGCAGAGAACUGCCAGUUUGUUAAGGAUUUCCUCAGAGGCCGCAUACAGAGAGAGCUGUUCAAGAAAGGCACAGAAGCUCUGUACUUUGUCUACUCGGCCAUGGAGGAGGAGAUUGAGAAGAACAAAGAUCAUCCUCUCAUCGCUCCGAUCUAUUUCCCUACAGAAGUGCACCGGCGUGAGGCCCUGGGCCGGGACCUCGAGUAUUUCUAUGGCGAGGACUGGGAGAGCCAGAUCAGCCUCACUGCAGGCACCAAGCCGUAUGUAGACCGCAUCCACGAGGUGGGGGAGAAGGACCCAGUGUUGUUGGUGGCCCACUCCUACACCCGCUACAUGGGUGACCUCUCAGGGGGACAGAUCCUCAAGAAAGUGGCUCAGAGGGCUCUGAAGCUCCCUUCAACCGGAGAGGGUCUCAACUUCUACCAGUUCGAGGGAAUCCACAGUCACAAGGGCUUCAAGCAGCUAUACCGAAGCAGGAUGAACGAGCUGGAGCUGGAUUCUGAGACCAAAGAGAGGCUUGUGGACGAGUCCAAUCGGGCCUUUGGCUUCAACAUGAUGGUCUUCACAGAGCUCGAAGAAAUUGGAAAGUCCACCAAAGAGGAAGUCCAGGAUGCAGGUUUUGGACACAGUCAUGCAGAGAUCAUGGAGGGAGGUGAUAUCAACAAAUGCCCUUACUAUGCAGCUAAAAUGGCUGCCAGUGGAAAUCCCACCUAUGCUUGCCAGUUAGCCAUGAUGCUUCUCAGACAUCCACCCUGUCAGGUGGCUCUGGCAGCCUGGGUGGCCGUCCUCGCCGGAUUUGCUGCCUGGUACUUUAUUUGAGCUCUGAUAUCCUCGAUCUGCUGAUAAUCACAUCUGAACAAAGAGUCGAGGACACGGCGGCAUUCUGCACACUUUGUCUCUUCAGUCUGACGGGUACAAUCUGAUGCAAAUCAGAAACUGAACAUUUUUUAAAUGUUUUCUGCCACAUGCAUGUUGCAAUUGUUUGUGGACAUUCAGAAGUGUUGAAUCUUAUUUUCUCUAAUUAUUUCCACUCUGUGGGAGAUAUAGAUCUAUUCUUAUAAAACUGCUAAUAGCAGUGAAGGAGCCAUUAUUCCAUUAUUCAGUUGUCGUGUGACAAUUAAAGUCCACUUCAUUAUGCAUGCACUAUGUGUGAUGUUUUAUUGAGUAUACAAGGUUUAGAGACACUGUCUCAUAAAGAAAGUUUAAAUGCACAUUCUUCUAUGUGAUUAAAAUAUCAUUAGUUGAAUGUAUGCAAUAUAACAGUGAAUUUGUUGAAUGUGUGCAGCUGUCUAAAGAUAUGUUGUGCAAAUUUUUGUACAUUUUGUCAGUAAACAAUGAUUAAAUUUAAACUCAGACAUCUUUCAAAUUAAACUUGCAUUUUAUGUCUAUACAAAUAAUAGUUCUGUUCCUUGAGGAUAGUGGGGCAUAAUAAAAUGAGUCUUCAAAAGUUA